AUGGCAGACAAGAUGUUAGCAGGUCACGUGAUCACCAGUUUAGAAAUGACAUCAUUACUGGACUGUGUUGAUGAAUGCCUUACGGAGAUAAGAUGCAAAUCAAUCAACAUAAAAGCAAACACAGGAGCGGAGUCUUUCACCUGUCAGUUGAAUAAUGCAACAAAGAAGAGUAGUUCAAGUGGCCUGGUGACUUCUAGCGAGGGAUUCGCUUACUACGACGCUGAUAAAAAUCCUCACCCCAGCUGUGCCUCCUUACCUUGCCGUAAUGGCGGUUUGUGCGCUGACUCCUGUGAGAGUGAUUCAUACACAUGCGUUUGUGGGUACGGAACUCAAGGCAAACACUGUGAAAAAUGGUCAGAACCGCAUUUAGAAUCGCGCCUUGACGUGCAGGAGGCCGGUGUGAAAAAUUAUGCAGAAGUGUCGCUGACUUUCGGUGUCUCAAACUUGACAAUCUGUUUCGCUGUACUUCUGAAAAAAGUUGCGUCAGCUUUAUUCACAUUUGAAGACGAGAAUCAAAAUGAAAUUCUUUCAAUGGUGAUGACAAGUAGAAUGAACAUGGAAAUAAACAUUCGCCUUGAAACCCGAUGUAAAGCUAUAGCAACCAAUUUUGGAAGAUCAAUUGCUGAGGCCGACGACCUACACUUCAACUCGAAUUGA